AUUAGACAAGAUGGUUGCAUGGCUAUAAAUUCAUUGUACGGUGGUCUAGUAAAAUUAGGACCGCAAGAAUGAAUCUGUGGGUAUCAAUCCUGUUGUUUCUCGCCCUCGAAUGCAGUGCCAUUACGGACCAGCAGAAGGCAAAGCUUUUGAGCUUACAUAACGAUGCACGUCUCAAUGUGUCGAAGUGCAAAGUUCCAGGGCAACCAUCUGCCAAACAACUACUCAACCUGUCUUGGGACGAUGAACUAGCAGAGAAAGCGCAGCGACAGAGUGACACAUGUCAAUUCGGCCAUAACACGAACGAGGAAAGAAUCACCUCGAAAUGGAGGAAUUGGGUUGGGCAAAACAUUGCAGGAAACCCAGUAUAUGAAAAUGGAUUUGCAGCUUGGUUCAAUGAAUACAAGGAUUACAAUUUUCGACGAAAGAGUUGUGCUAGAGUGUGCGGACAUUAUACACAAGCAAGUCAACAUUGA